ACUCCAGUCUCGAGCCACUCCUGCUGCACACCGGAACGCGCGGCAACACAUAACACAUUCACCUACAUCGACAUCGCCUAACAGCUGCAAAGUCACUAUACCCUUCUCACGUGCGCGGCUGAUGCCUUGAAGGAUCUCGACCACUAGCGCCGUGUGGUGGCACAGCUGAGCUCGACCUGCCUAUUCCUACUACGGGACCAAAAAACACCGAGGACCAUCGCAAGCCAAGCUGAGCAUAGGGUCAUACUCCAAGUCUCUUCUCUGUUGAGACGAUUGUGCUCCUGGGUUCCACUCGUUCUGGCGUUGGCUGUACCAAACUUUCUGUCAAGAUGGCCGAAGAGCCUCAACGGACUUCAAUCGCUCAGCGCAUAGCCGCAUUGAAGCUACAAAACGCCGGUGGUGGCAUACCUAUUCAAAAUUCACAAGGUUUUCAGAAACCGACAACAAAUGGAUCAAGUCAGGCUGUUCCGAGGCCUAGACCGCCUCCACCACCUAGACCGAGUGUCCCAGCGAGACCGGACCGCGCACAGGCCUCGAGUGUGCCUCCUGGAGUUGCUAGUGGGCCGUCGCCAAACAGAGCGGUAGGCAAUGAGCCUGAUGGAGCGCGACCGAAUGGGGUGGCUAUGAACGGUACACGUGCAAAGUCAAGGCCACCCCUACCAGGGCGGACAUCGACUCAAUCAUCGCAAGCGCCGGCUUUGCCAUCGAGAACGCCGUCCGGCCCUUCGCCUGCACUGCCUCCAAGACGACCUUCAGAAGCACCGUCUCAGAAGGAGUUCGCGCUCACCAAACGUGCAUCCAAUGAGUCAAUAAGCUCAAUAGCCACAGCGAGGUCCUCCACUUCUGCCAUAUCUAACGCUACCUCUUACACAUCUGUCGGUGGCGAGCGCUAUAAGAUUCGAGCUCCUGACUAUGAUCCUUCUUCUUUGCCAGCAUUACCACCAAAGCGCACGAAGGAGGAGAAGGAAGCGGCGGAGAGGAAGUACAAUGGCACUCGGCCUCUCAGGCACUCCAAAUCAACACCAAGGAUCGCACAAGUACAGGAGGGAACGACUCCACCACCGAUGCCAACCAGGCAGCCCGUCGUUCCGCCACCCGUGCCUACGCAGACUGAUACUCUGCAGAACCAAACAGGAGCAUAUGGCAGCACGCCCGUCCCGAAGAGAGCUCAACCACCGCCUCCACCAGUGAGACAAAGUCAACCGCCGUUACCUGUCAGAGCAUCGACGCAAACGAGGGUGGAGCCAAUUCCGGCUGCAUCGUCUGCCCGAGCGGACCUUGCACCGCCUCCGCGACCACGAGUGUCCGCGCUGUCCAUGGGCUUCGGCAACAAAGAGACGAGUAAACCUGCAGGACAGGACGUACCCUCGAACAGCAACUCCGGAGUGCCCCCACCUAUACCAGCGAGCUCGAAACCGGAUCUUGCCGCCCUGAAGGCAUCCAAACCGCGGUUCAAUGCCACAGCCACGCCAACAGCAUCGGCACCUGCCGCAGGUGCUCUUGCAAUUACAUCAUACUCACAGUUCUCAGAGGUACUGGCGACGCACCGCAUCGUGAUGGCGGAUUUUUGGGCACCUUGGUGCGGACCUUGUCGCAACUUUGCGCCUGAUUAUGAGCGUCUGGCAAAAGAAUAUUGCCGACCAAAUCAAAUAGCAUUUGUCAAAAUCAACACAGACGAGAACAAGGACAUUGCUCAGGCGUACAAGAUCGAAUGCUGGCCGACCCUCAUCGCCUUCGAGCAUGGCGCAGAGAUUGACAAAUCUCUCGGAGCUAACGAAUAUUGGUUGAAUCAGCUCAUAGAGGAGCGUGCGAAGCGCGCCGGCAUCAAUCUGUCGGCGCCAGUGCCGGCUGCAGCCCCUGUAGCCCCUUCUGCGGCACCAACGAACUCCUGCUUACAUUGCCGUGACUUCUCUGGUCCAGAUGGCCAUGCAGCACGGUUCCCACGCCAAUCGAUUCCAUCGCAGGACGUAGGAUGGCUUGCCCAUCAGCUCACCUCUCCCUUUCCCUCUCUUACGGACAAAGCACGAGCUAUCUUCGCGUGGCUCCACCACAAUAUCGCGUACGACACAGUAGCAUUCUUCGGCAACAACGUCAAAGGUUCUACUCCCCAAAGCACAUUGCAAUCUGGUCUGGCUGUGUGCGAGGGUUAUGCUGGGCUUUUUGCUGCUUUAGCGAUGAAGGUGGGCAUGGAAUGUUUCGUCCUUAGCGGCGCCAGCAAAGGGUUUGGCUUUACGCCCCUGCAACCCGGACAGCCGAUUCCGCCCUUCGCCUCGACGCACGCAUGGAACGUUGUUAAGAUUGACAAUGGCGAGUGGAAACUCAUCGACUCCUGCUGGGGAUCUGGAAGUGUCACAGCUUCACAGACCUACGAAAAGAAAUUCAAACCUGACUGGUUCACCAUGUCGAAUGACAUUUUCGGGCUUUCGCACUAUCCACAGGACAGAAACCAGCAAUACCGCACGGAUGGUCGCUCGCUAUCAUGGGAAGAGUACUCCAUGGCCAGCAAGGAUGGCACUGGUGCAACGGUCUAUGAUAACACAGCUGAAGAAGGUCUUGCCAAAACAUCAUUCAGGCCUGCGGAAGGCAAGAUUAAUCUCGCGCAGCAAGGGCCGACUACACGAUUCUCAUUCCAAAAGAUUUGCCGGCAUUGGGAUCCGAUCAAAAAUGGAUCCGGGCCAUCUUAUCUCUUCGUGCUGCUCAUCGAUGCGCAAGAGAAGAAAGGGGAAAACAAUCUGCCACCAUUCAAUACUAAUGGGGAAGUUUGGUGGUGUGACGUUCCGACUCAGCAUCUUGGACAUUCUGGGCAAAAGGUGACGGUGAUAGGAUUGACGCAGUUUAAUGGCCGGGAUGGACGAGGUUUGACUGUGGAAGAUUAUAUGCGCAAGAAAGGUCGUGCUGGCUGGGCUUCUACAUUUAUCGCGUCGUGGGAGAUUGCAUGAUCUCGGGCACGAUGGUGUCUGUGCCGCGAUACUUUGACGAGGUGUCCAGUUGGGAACAGCAGAACAGAAAAACCGGAAGACGACCGUACGAUUUGUUGUCCUCUCGUGACCUCGAUUGUGCGCCGACGUCACUUCGAGAGACAGCUUGCCUUGGAAGCGCUCCGAAAGGCAGAGACACGAGAGUAAAGAAAGUGUGUACGAGACCCACGAGCAGGAGGGCAGAG